AUGUCUUUGAAAGAUUUUUAACUGCUAUCUAAAUUAGGUAAGACUAAUAUGAUGGAUAUAAUUAGGUGAGGGAGCUUAUUCAUCUGUAUAUAAGGUGAAAAGAUUGGAGGAUUCAUAAGAAUAUGCUUUAAAGAAAGUGAAAUUAUAGAACUUGAAUGAUAAAGAAAAAUAAAAUGCUAUGAAUGAGGUUCGUAUAUUAGCCUCUGUAAAGCAUCCAAAUAUAAUCAGUUAUAAAGAAGCAUUUAUUGAUAUUCAAAGCAAUUCAUUAUGGUAAAAACUAUAAAAUUUUGCGGUUAGUAUUGUAAUGGAAUUAGCAGAUGGUAGUGAUUUGUACUAGAAAAUUGUUAAUUCAAAAAAAAAUGGGAAAUUGAUAGAAGAACAAAUAAUUUGGAACAUUUUUAUUUAGAUAGUUAGAGGAUUGAAAGCAUUACAUGAAUUAAAAAUUUUACAUAGAGAUCUAAAAGUAAAACCUACAAUAUUAUAAAGAGCGCAAAUGUAUUUUUAUAUUAGAAUGGAGAUGUAAAAUUAGGGGAUAUGAAUGUUUCUAAAGUUGCAAAAAAAGGAUUGUUGUACACUCAAACAGGAACACCAUUUUAUGCAAGUCCUGAAGUGUGGAAAGACUAACCUUACGAUUAGAAAUCAGAUAUCUGGAGUUUAGGUUGUGUUGUGUAUGAGAUGGCAGCUCUUAAACCUCCAUUUCAGGCAGAGGAUAUGGAAGGAUUAUAUAAAAAAGUUAUUAGAGGAUAUUACCCUAGAAUUUCAUAAAAUUAUUCUCAAGAUCUCAGCAACUCAAUAAGGUCUAUGUUAUAAGUGCAACCACAUUUGAGACCAAAUUGUGAUAAAUUAUUAUAAUUUCCAUCUCUUUUGAAAAGAUAGGAUGAAUUACCAAAACAAGAAUAAACUGAUAAUGAACCUAAUACAUUGUUGUCAACAAUUAAGUUCCCUAAAAAUUACCAUUAUUUUACAUCAAUGCUUCCAAAACCUUGUUAUGAGUGUGUCAAUAGAAAACAAAUAAAAUCAUUACAUUCUCAAUAAGCUAGUCCAAAUCCAAGAUCUUUAAUGAGUGUAAAUGGGAGUUAUGAAGAUGUAACUAGUUAAAAAUCUAUAGAUAAAAAAGAUCAUAUUCAUAAUAAUAGGAAAGGUUAACCAGAAGUAUUAUUAAUAUUGGAAUAAUACAAUAAGGUAUAGUAUUUUAUUUGAUAUACAAUAAGUAAAUAAGGAAACCCAUUAUGAAAGUCAGACCAAAUAGACAUUAAAGUUAAGAAGAAGUGAGUGUUUUGGAAGUUAUAACUCAACAUUAAUCGAAAAUAUCUUUGGAAAACAAUAGAUUGCCAAUACUUGAAGAAGUAUCUCCAAAUAAGAGAAAGGUAAGACCUAAUAAAAAUAGAAACUAAAGUUUACCUAAUGCAAAUUUACUCCCAUUAAUAUAAGCUGGUGUAUUAAAAUGA